AUCAGCAAGGCGUCUAGCCAAAACCCAAAGUGGCUAAUGAGGCCAUAAGUUCUAUGUACAAACAUAAAUAUUAUUGCAUCAGUGCGUGUCUCUGUGUAUACCUAUGUAUGUGCCAGCUAAGCAGAUAAUAAGAUUACAUAUAGACAAAAGUGAUAAUAUACAAAUAAAGAAAACCUUUACAGAAGCUGGUAAAUACAUAUUCUUUACUCGUUAAGUAUUUGUGUUCAGAAAGUGCAUAAGAGUGGUGUCGUGUAUUUGAACUUGUUUAGCAGCGCCGUCCGCGACGCCACGCAGCGCCCGCAAUAGCUGGGAAAAUGCUAGAAAAAUGCCCAAGAUGCUCAUAUGCGACAAGUUGAUGACACAUUUUACUGUCAUUGUGACCGCAUUCCUGCUACUCCAUUGCAUUGGUUUUUCACCGUUUACACCGCAAACGUUGCGCGGCGUUGCGGCCACUCCCGAGGAUGAAGCCGUCGGAAAAUGGGCAAUGCAGUUUGGUGAUGAGUUGUGGGAAUUAGCGCAGCGUAUGACCAAAUCUCAGGAGAUUAAGGCUAAAUACAAGGAAUACAAUGCCCGCGUCGAGUUAAAAAAUGGCACCGAACUCAUUAAGUCCAUCACAGCGAACGUGGGGCGUAUGUUGUCACGUAAAAUGGACGCUGUACGUUGUAUUCAACAGAAAGCCGAAGCGGUCAACGAAGAAUUCGAAUUUAAUUACACAGCAGCGGAGCAGACCUUUCAAUACUACUCCAGCAAGUUUUCGAUGUUUGAAGGCAAGCGAGCAGAAGAUUUGCUAGAAAGUAUGGAAAUGUACGAUCGGUGGUACUUGAAUUUCACACUGAAUCCAGAUACGCACUUUUAUAAUAUAUCUGUGGAUACAGAGCAUAGUUCCGUCCAUGUACCCUCGAAUAUAUUUGAUGGCAGCCGCGAUGUGCUCAAAACAAUUAUGUGGUCUGAAACGCUGGAUGAGGUCUUCAGGCAAAACUAUCAAUCGGAUCCAGCGUUGUCGUGGCAAUAUUUCGGCUCCGAUACUGGCAUAUUGCGGCACUACCCCGGCCUACAAUGGCAGAAGAUUGGCAAUCGUGAAAAUGCCGACACCUAUGAUUGCCGCAAACGUUCGUGGUAUAUUGAAACUGCCACCUGCUCCAAGGAUAUUGUCAUACUAUUGGACAAUUCUGGCUCGAUGACCGGUUUCCGCAAUCAUGUUGCCAAAUUUACGAUACGCAGCAUUUUGGAUACUUUCUCGAAUAAUGAUUUUUUUACGAUUUUCAACUACUCAGCAACCGUCGAUGACAUAAUUCCGUGCUUCAAAGAUGCCCUGGUACAAGCGACGCCAGAGAAUAUUAACGUAUUUAAUGAUGCUAUUGAGGACAUAGAACCGGAGGGUUAUGCGAAUCUAUCACUGGCGUAUGAGAAAGCUUUUCAACUGUUGAAAAAGUACUACAUUCAACGCCGCUGCAACGAAACCUCCACCUGCAAUCAAGCCAUCAUGGUCGUCACCGAUGGCGUUGCUGGCAAUACCACCGAAAUUUUUGAAAAAUACAACUGGGGCGAUGGCGAGAAUGGCACAAUGAAUAUGAAUAUACGCAUCUUCACCUAUCUGCUGGGGAAGGAGGUGACCAAAGUGCGUGAGAUACAAUGGAUGGCAUGCCUGAAUCGCGGCUACUAUUCGCAUGUACAAACACUGGAUGAGGUGCACGAGGAGGUGCUGAAGUAUGUAGAUGUGAUAGCUACGCCGCUGGUGCUGCAAAAUGAGGAACACCCACCGACAUGGACGCACUCGUUUACGGAUCGAACGUACGAACCGCGCGAAAACGAUACUGGCACACGUCUUAUGAUCGCUGUGGGCGUGCCAGCCUUUGAUCGUUCUUAUCGUGAAGAAAACUCCACGAGGCGCGCACGUUUGCUGGGAGUAGCAGGCACGGAUGUGCCGGUGGAGGAUAUCGACAAAUUGACGCUGCCUUAUAAGUUGGGCGUAAAUGGUUAUUCAUUUGUGGUCUCCAACAAUGGUUACAUGCUACUCCAUCCCGACUUACGUCCGAUUUCGAAAACCGGCAAGUUCAAUCCAAAUUACAACAGCAUAGAUUUCACCGAAGUGGAACAUCUAUACGAAGACUUGGAGCCACGUCAGGCGGGUGAAUCUAUACUUCUACUGCGUAACGCUAUGGUGCAAUACCAAUCCGGUGAAUUUAAGGACAUAAGCGUCAAGUUUCAUUAUGACAAUAUGCGUCGAGUGUCUGAAGAGAAGCAGGAUUACUUCUUUGCACCGCUGCCGAACACACCAUUUUCGCUGGGCAUCGUACUGCCGAGUGAGUAUGGUAAGACAUGGAUUAAGGUAGGCGAGGAAGUGUUGAAGAACAAGCAUAUGAAAGUUAAUAUUUCGGACUACUUUGCGGGGGACAACUGGAAGGUGCAUCCUAGUUGGGUUUUUUGUAAGUAUCACUACCUGGAGGGGCACGAGUUCAAAACACCGGAAGAGGAAUUGCGUCACUUUCUUGCCAAAAUGAUGCAAGACGAUUGGAAAUGGUCCGAGCAGUACGAGGAGGACGAAUCUGAUCGGGAUGACAAUGAAGAAAUAAAUUGUGGUCGAAUAACACUCAACGAAGAUGCCUACUAUUGCAACAAGGAACUCGUGCAUCUGCUCAUCUUCGAUGCGAAAGUUACAAACUCCAGUUACGGCCAGUGGAAAUUCGCCAACGAGGAAGAACGCAAUUUGAUUCAAAGUUUUGGUGCUACUUUACGCUUCGUCGCCACUAUGAGUGGCUUAACGCGUUGGCAGUUCAUCUACGGCGAAGUGGAAGUGGAAAAUGAUCGCGAGUUUGGCGACUAUCAUACCACGGCGAUUGAUGAGACCUGGUACAAAAGCGCCAUUUUGCAGCAUCAUCAGGAACGCACCGAGAGCUUUGUUUAUAUGGUCAAACAUGCCAGCGAUCCGGUGGAGGAUAGUGAACUGAUGAUAACUGCUUCACAUGCGAUAUUCCCACGUGACGGUGGUAAGGAGGCACCCGCUUGUGUAGUCGGUUUUCAAUUUUCACAUGCGCGAAUGGUGGAUCGAUUCUUCAAUAUCACCUCGGUGGAUAACGUAAGUGUGAAACAAAUUUUUAAUAUAUUGACAAAAUGUUACAUUGCUGCUGAGGAACUGUACACAUAUUGUGGCGACGCGGCAGCCCUACGUUCGGACUUUGUAAAUUUAUUGAUAACCAUAUUUAUAUUUUUAAUAACGCGCUAUUUACGCACUUAAAUGUUUGUAAACAUAUUUUUUUUUUUAACUAUCGAGCGGAUGUACUUAUUGUAAAUAAAAAUAUUUUUAAAACUAUAGCUAAAAAAAAAAUGAAAAGACCGCGAAAAAAUAAGAAGAUGAGUAAUAUUAUGUCGUACAUCAUUUAGCACAAUCCUCCUUACUGUAUUGACUACAUAGAAAUGCUCCUAGCGUUCUCUCUUAUGUGACAUAUACCAUGUAGACUUAAAACAGAAACGCCAAAAAAAGUACUAGAAAAACAAAAAAAGAAUUGAAACAAAAACACUUGUCCCUUGUACUUAUGUAUUGUAUGUACUAUUAACAUAGGACUAAAUAUUUGCAACCGAAGUUAACUUCAUCUUCUGCUUUCCGACGAUAAUCAAGUUUUUAACAGACAACCACAAAUUUUUUAAGCAAUCAUUUUCGAAAACCCCGGUACACAUACAUACAUAUGUAUGCAAAAUAUUUAAAAAAGAAAAAUUACACAUACUGACACUCCCACUUAAAAUGUACGUAUAAUAAAAUUUACAUAUGUAGAUUUGUAUUUUUCCUGCGAAUUUUUGUAAACUCUGCAGUAAACUUUUAAAAAAAAAAACGACAAAACAAUUCUUUUGAGACAAUGUAAACGUAUUUGCCAAAACCAAAUAAGUAAAAUAAAAAAAAAAUGUAUGUAUGUAUAUUAAAAAGAAAACUAUUUGGUUAAAUUUUGAUAGAAUUUUAUAAAAGUUAUUUACCCCCUAGUCGAAUUCGUUGUUUAAUUAGGCUUAGCCUUCAAGUUAACAGCAAAAUCAAAAAAAAACAAAAACUGGUAAAAGCAUAUUAGUUCAAAGGAGUAGGUAAAUGAGAAGUAAAGCAUACGAAGGAUAGUUAAGAGAGAUAAUAAAUACUACUUUGUUAUCGUUAAUUUAUAGCCUAAAUAUGCAUACAUACAUAUGUACAUAUACAUAAGUGUGUAUCACUACAUGCAUAUGAAUGUAUUUUUAUUUGUUAAUGUACAAUACUUAUUUAUGCGUUUUUAUAGUAAAAAAAUUACUCCUAACAAUAAUAUAUAGUUUAUGUAUAGAGAAAUUUGUUUACAUUCAAAAAAAAAAAAAAAACAUAAAGAAACCUGCCUGUUUGUAACAAUAUUUUUUACGAUACUCGAGGCGCAAAGCAACCUUAAAGGCGGUGAGAAUUGUAAAGGAAAUUGUGUGUGACACAGGGUUACCAAGAAACUAUAAAUCAGUUAAGUAGUUUCAGUAAAGUUUUCGUCGGUUUUCUUUAUCGACCAAAAUGUUUCGCAAUGAUUAUUCAUUCUUAUUAAAUGAAAUGUACGCCUGGGCUUUUUAUCUAAUUUUUAGGUGACUCAAAAAUUUUUCAACUCACUAAAAAUAUUAUACCCAACAGUGACGGAGAAUUCAGGAAAAAUUGUUUCUUUGAAUAAACAAAUUGACUUGACCUUUCAAAUGACCUUCAAGGGUAGGGGGUUUUCAAUUUUUUUCUCUUUUUUGAACUGAAAAUAGUAUGCAGUGAACUUUUUAAAAAUAUCUAACCACACAUUUUUGUUGCUCUUGCGUCAAGGAAUCCAUUUCCAUGGUCGUAGGAACCGAGAAACGGAUUUUAUUUUUUUUUUUAUGUAAAAAAAGGUAAAGAAAAGGACAAACAAUCAAAAUUUUUUAAGGUAAUUUCAAAGGAUAAGGUAAAUUUUUUAUCCAACGAAACUAUUUUUCCUUAAUUCUCCAACUCAAAAGCAUUUAAUGCUGUUGAAAUUUUUCGCAAGCUGUUCUCGGAGAUAUUAGAAUUAUCACGAAAAAAGUUCAAUCUCCACACUGUGCGCCCCCGACUACGACAUUCUUCGUGUUUUUUCGAGCUGUCUAUGUACAAGUUAAAGAACGUAUCUGGAAAUGUCCCUUAAAAUUUGAGUAGUUCCAUAUUACUUUGAUCGCCAGUUCUAUUCUGCAAUUACUCUCUAGGUUGAUGAUUCUGUUAUGUUAUUUUGAUGAAGUUCGGUCAGAGGUAAUUAAUACCAUGUUCUGACCGACAACGAAAACACUUUGAAAACGAGUUUUGGGAUUGUGGGCUGAAGGCUGCUCACACCGGCUGUUAGUCUUUUCGUUGGCAUUUCUUACAUCUUUUGAUUACAGUUUUGCUACACAAAAACAAAACCAAAAUACUUUGCCUUCAUUUUUUUUUUUCAUUUACAACCUUCUACUUUCAUUCUUAUUUUAUUUUGACCAGCCAAUUAACAAUAAAUCCUAAAUGGCAUAUUAAAGAUGCUAAAAUAUGACUUCCACUUCGAUAAAUAAUCGAAAAAA